GAUUUGUACUGUGGAGACGUCCUUUCCUGUGCUUCUCCGGGAAUUUGUGAUCAUCGCAAGGGCGGAAUUAAAUGAUUAGCAGGGCUUAUUUGAAUAUUAAAGUCCCGAAAUGGAGAUACAAAUGAAACGAAUAGUUUAUACAGUCCAACUAAGUGUCAUAAAUUGUGCACGCGCUUAGGAGUCGAAUAUAUAUUUGCUUUCAUAAAAAAAUCGUUUGAUUUCUUUAUAUCGUCUGAAUUCUUCCUAAAAAAUCGUCUGAUCUCUUUAUCACCUGUCCGUUCGAAGCGUGGCUACACAGAAAUGCUGUUAUUUCAGAAUCAGGUGAAAAGCACGUUCUCUGUGUUGGGCAGACGAUUACCCAGAAUCCCUUGCGUGCGACGAUUCGGGAAAUGGCAGGCGAAAGGAAACCAACAGCCGUUGCAUCAGUUUCGCUCUCGACAUUUCGGAGUGAAGACUGUCCAGAUGGGAAUGAAUAAUCAGAAAAUGAAUAUGCAUUCUAAAGGAAAAGAAACCAUGACUGGUAUGAAUCUCAUCAACAACCCCUUACAGUUUAAGGGUCUGGCAUACAAAGAAGAAGAAAGGGCGGCUCUGGCUCUGAGGGGGCUGCUCCCGGCCGCAGUGAGAACAGUCCAUCUACAGACGGAGGCAGUUCUGGACAAUCUCCAUAGAUAUGGUGAUGAUCUUAGCCGAUAUCUUUUCCUGAGGCAUUUACAGGAUACGAAUGAGAGAUUAUUCUAUCGUGUCUUGUGCGAGCACACAGAAGAGCUUAUGCCUUAUGUCUACACACCUGUUGUGGGCCAGGCAUGCAUAGAAUACAGCAAAAUAUUCCAGCAUCCUAGGGGUGUAUUUCUGACCAUAAAUGACGCUGGAAGUAUCUAUGAUAUACUUGGCAAUUGGCCGGAGGAACAUGUCAAGGCUAUUGUGGUAACAGAUGGCGAGCGGAUAUUGGGACUUGGCGACUUGGGAGCCAAUGGCAUGGGCAUUCCAGUGGGCAAGAUGUCCCUAUACACUGCCCUGGCAGGCAUACCACCUUCCUCUCUCCUUCCUGUGACACUUGACGUUGGCACCAACAAUGAGGUAUUUUAUUAUUAUUCUCUUGAAUUUUUGAAUUCGAAAAUAAUUUUGUAUGGCCAGACUUGUUUAAUUCAAUUCGAAGAUUUUGGUAAUCAAAAUGCUUUUCGAUUAUUGGAAAAAUACAACGAUCAUUAUUGCACUUUCAAUGACGACAUUCAAGGAACAGCAUCAGUGGCCGUGGCUGGAAUUCUAUGCAGUGUUCGAUUGACUGGCACCAAAGUGUCUGAACACACAUUCCUCUUCUACGGCGCAGGAGAAGCAGCCUUAGGCAUAGCAGAUUUAUUAGUAAUGGAAAUGGAGGAAGAAGGGGUCUCCAAAGAGGAUGCCUAUGCCAAAAUUUGGAUGUUCGAUUCCAGGGGGCUCGUCGUCACGAGCAGAGAUCCGUCUGGCCUGAAAGACCAUAAGAAAUGGUAUGCAAAGGACCAUGCUGAAACAAAAGAUUUGGAAAAAAUGACAGAACACAUCAAACCCUCAGUUCUUAUUGGUGCUUCCGCUCAACCUGGAGUAUUCACAGAGAAGGUGCUCAGGAUGAUGCAGAAUACAUGUAAACAGCCCAUUGUUUUUGCCCUCAGUAACCCCACUGACAGGGCAGAAUGCACAGCAGAACAAGCUUACACUUUCACAGAUGGUAAAUGCAUAUUUGCGAGUGGAAGUCCGUUUCCAGCCUUCACCUACAAAGGAAAGACAUUUCAUCCAGGGCAGGGCAACAAUGCCUACAUAUUCCCAGGAGUUUCUUUGGCGCUUAUAGCUUGUGAGGCACGAUCCGUCGGUGACAAGGUCUUCCUAGUGGCAGCUAAGGCUUUAGCUGAACAGGUAUCCAAGGAAGAUUUGGCGGAAGGGCGUGUCUACCCGCCCCUCCACACCAUUCGCAAAGUGUCUCUGACCAUCGCAGCAAAAGUGGCCCGCUUCCUGUUUACCGAGGGUCUGGCCACCAUCAAACCCGAACCACCCGACUUAGAGACAUUCCUAUCUACAAAGCAAUACAGUUACGAGUAUGACGGUUAAACAAGAGACAUUUAUUUAAUAUUUGUUAAGAUGGAUGAUGAUGAAUGUAUUCGUGUUUAUUACUGAGAAUGAAUUAAUGUUUGUUAUAUUAUGAUCUGUACAUCAGAAUAAAUAUCAUGUAUGUUUA